ACAGUUGAUUUAGUAUCUGUUGUGUUGUCUUUUACAGUAAACAUGAUAUAAGAAUUUGUUGCAAUAUCCGUGGAUAUUGUCAAUUUAUGGAUGGCAUUGUCCCACAAAUGAGGUCUGAACAUUGGAGGGCUUAUGGAUCCUCCAAUUUCAAGAACUAUGUUAGUUUUGGUAUGAUUCCAUCCGACAAGGCCACCAUCAUGCUGCUGCUGGAUAAUGUGGAUUUAGCCACGGGGAAGUUUUUCUUCAAUGAUAGCCAAACCGGGACUAAACAAGCGUACACGUUUGAUCUAAAUUGGGUGCGCAAACAUACUCGGUUUAAUGAUGAAGGGGAGAAACCCGAAGGCAAUCGCGACAUGGAUAAUAGGAUAUGGACCACAUACUUCAGCAACAAGCAACAAUCACAAUACAAGAGUGGCCGAGGCUACCUUGAGGCCCUAUUGGAGAAAUUGGUUCGGUCCAAAAAGAAAUCCGAUGUUUCGGAUUUUGUUAUGCUUCAAAUCCUCUAUCAAUUGACAAUGAUAUGGACCCCGACCGCGAGAAUGAAUGCACCGCGGCAUAUGUUCAAAUAUGUGGCUCGAGUAGAUGCGGUUGAUCAUUUCCCAUGGGCGACAAUCAUCUAUAAGGAAUUGUGGGACUCCUUCAAGGCUGUGAAGAAAGCGACGAAGGGGCUGACAUAUCUUAGCGGCUGCGCUCCCUUGCUAUCGCUAUGGUAUUAUGAGAUAUCAAACAUUAAGGAGCCGGCGAAAGUGGAUGAAUCGAAGCCACCAAUGACCAAUUGGACAUUGGAGGGUAAGAAAGUGGGUUCACUGCGGACUACAACAAUAACGAAGAAAUCGGAGGCCGCAAUCCACAUCUUACCGGAGCAUGACCUGCCGCGGUAUGUACAUGAGGAGAUCAAGCAUAAGUCUACAAAGAGGAGGGCUGAAAUGGAGGAGGAAGCUACGGGUGAAAAAGCUUCGAGGAAGAAAAGAGUGGAAAAAGGGGAUGACGCUUAUAAAAAGUUGGUGAUGCUAAAUGAAGCCUAUGAGCAAGAACUUGUUGCUCGUGGCGUUGAUACGAUGGCCAUUAAGGCCGAAAUUGAGAAAAGAUUUGAGGAAGAGAAACAAAUCAUGCCCAAAAAAGAAGAGCCUCAAAUAGAGAGACAAGAUGAGGCGGAGAAAGAAGAAGGGAAGGAAGAGAAAGCAGAGGGAGAAGGUGAUCAAGGCCAAGAAGUGGGCAUUGAACUUGAGCAGCUAACUCUCCUACGGUAG